AUGUUUCCACCGGAGAAGUUAAAAAUAUUUACUGAUGUUAUUUCUAAACUACCUUACGACGUUUUGUGGAAAUGGGAUGACGAUGAUCUUCCAGGACGUCCACAGAAUGUGAGACUUUCAAAAUGGUUCCCACAGUCUGAUGUAUUACGGCAUCCAAAAAUCAAGCUAUUUAUAACACAAGGAGGCUUACAGUCCACUGAUGAAGCUAUCACUGCAGCAGUUCCUCUUGUUGGUGUACCAAUGCUUGGAGAUCAAUGGUUUAAUGUGGAACAAUACAUACAUCACCAUAUUGGUAUAGGACUCUUGUUAGAAACUUUGACAGAAAAAAAAUUAACGGAUGCUAUUCGAACUGUAAUUGAUGAUGAAAGGUAA